AUGUAAUGAUUCUUUAAAUAGUGGUUAUCCCGAUUCUAAACCCCAGAACUACAAAGUCCACUCACUUUCCUUCACUAUCUGAAAAAUUCUUUGCAUGCACUGUCAGAAAUAAAAUUUAUACAUGUUUAGGGAAAUGAGUAGCAGAAGUGCAGAGUUUCCUUAUCUAAGGAAUUACAGGCUUGGAAAAACUCUUGGCCAUGGAUCCUUUGGUAAAGUCAAAAUUGCUGAGCAUUUGCUGACUGGGCACAAAGUGGCUAUCAAAAUCCUUAACCGCCGGAAAAUGAAGACUCUCGACAUGGAGGAAAAACUGAGAAGAGAAAUAAAAAUAGGUAGUUUAUUUGUGCAUCCACAUGUCAUACGACUCUAUGAAGUGAUAGAGACACCAUCAGAUAUAUAUGUUGUGAUGGAGUAUGUUAAGUCUGGGGAGCUCUUUGAUUAUAUUGUGCAAAAGGGCAGGUUGCAGGAAGAUGAAGCUCGACAUCUUUUUCAGCAGAUUAUUGCUGGUGUGGAGUACUGCCAUAGGAAUAGGGUGGUUCAUCGGGACCUUAAGCCUGAAAAUCUGCUUUUGGAUGCAAGAGGCAAUGUAAAGAUAGCAGAUUUUGGCUUGAGCAACAUUAUGCGAGAUGGCCAUUUUCUCAAGACAGGUUGUGGAAGUCCAAAUUAUGCAGCUCCUGAGGUUGUCUCUCAGAAAUUUUAUGCUGGCCCGGAGGUAGAUGUUUGGAGUUGUGGUGUUAUCUUAUAUGCUCUUCUUUGUGGUAGACUUCCUUUUGACGAUGAGAAUAUUCCUAACCUUUUCAAGAAAAUAAUGGGUGGACUCUACACCCUUCCAACUCAUCUGUCACCUUUAGCUAGGGAUUUGAUACCAAGGAUGCUAAUUGUUGACCCUAUGAAGCGCAUUAGCAUACCUGAUAUUCGUCAGCACCAGUGGUUCAAAAUUCAUCUACCUCGGUAUUUGGCGGUUCCUCCACCUGAUGCUAUGCAACAUCUUAAAAAGCUUGACGAGGAAAUUCUCCAGCAAGUAAUUAGGAUGGGGUUUGAUAGAGACCAGCUUCUCGAAUCUUUGCAAAAGAGAACACAAGAUGAUGCUACUGUUGCAUACUAUCUGCUGUACGACAACCGUUCCAUGGCUUCCAGUGGCUAUCUAGGAGAUGAGUUUCAGGAAUAUGUGGAUGUUUAUUCCCCAGGAUUGUUUCCAAAUCUUGAUCUACAGCUGUCUACUGGGAACGGAAUUUCUCAAGAAGCGAGUUUGAGACACCCGAAAAAAUGGCUAGUUGGACUUCAUUCUCCAGCAAAUCCAAGGGAGAUCAUGAAUCAGGUUCUUGGGACUCUACAAGCACUAAAUGUUAGAUGGAAAAAAAUUGGGCACUAUAACAUGAAGUGUUUAUGGUAUCAUAAUCCUGGUCUUCAUAGCUUGGCCAGCAAUCAUAUGAAUGAUGACUUUAUUAGCAAUGCAAGUGCCAUAAGUACACAUCUACAGCCACAACCUGCUGUGAAGUUUGAAAUGCAGCUCUACAAAACUGAGGACGAAAAAUACGUGCUUGAUCUCCAGAGACUUAGCGGUCCACAGAUGCUCUUCCUGGACUUCUGUGCUGUUUUCAUUGCUCAGCUACAAUGAUUCAAAAGAAACGGGACGUCUCAGCGAUUGUGUAGAAACUUUGUUGUACAUAUCAAUGUUAAUGGGUUCCUAGUGUUCCUUUCCGAUACCUACAAUUGUUCCCUUCAUGUUUCUACAGUUCGGGCUUUUGAUAGAUCCUUGGAUUUAUCAUUCAUGCAAGUGUCCCCUUUUUUAGCUCUCAUUUAAAUUUUGUCUCUGUUUCUAAAAGUUGCGCAAAUAUAAUAUUAGAA